GGACGCAAGUAUUCGGGUUUCGAUGCGCUGACGUUUGGGCGGCUCCGGUUCUCUGUUUCAUUGUAAUAGCACAUCUACAAAAGUAAAAAAUCAGUAAAGCUUAGAUCGACAAAAGAACGGCCGUGACUAUGGACGGGGGUGUUCUUCCAUGGUCUGUCCUGUGCCUAGUGUUUGUAUCAGGUGUUGGUUGCCUCAGAGUGACCAUUCCACAAGAGGUGUAUGAAUACGCCAGAGGAGACAACAUCACACUGCCCUGCAGCUUUGAGACCAGGCAGACAAACCCUGGAUUAGUCGUUAUAACGUGGUCUGUUGAGGGUGAGAAAGAGACCCAGAUCGCCGUGCACUAUUCUCACGACGGUAGAACUGACAUCAAACAAGCGUAUGAACAUCGAGUGACCCUGGAUAUAGACAUUGCUGCGGGAAAGGCCAACCUGAACCUUAAAUCCAUCACACUACAGGAUAACAAGGUGUUUGAGUGCCGUGUUAUGAUCCCAGGUGAUGAUGAGGGCACUCCAUUUGACACCGCACGAUUGGUGGUCCUAGUUGCUCCAUCUCCACCCAUAUGUGAGGUCCAGGGUGAAGCAGAAUACGGCCAGAACAUCAAUCUGACCUGUAAAUCAGAGGAAGGCUCCCCACCCCCUACUUAUAAAUGGGAGCGUCGUGAUGUCAGAAACAUGCCUACUCCUCAUGACCCUAGAACCACUGACAAACAAGGCAUUCUGUCUCUAUACAAUGUCUCCAAAGACACAUCAGGAUUCUACCUCUGCACCUCGAGCAACAAGAUCCGCUCAGCUUCCUGCAACCUCACACUCGCAGUCAUGCCACCUUCCAUGCUUGGCAGCAUCGGCCGCACCGCUUGGAUCAUAGCAGUAGCAGUUGGCGGUUUGAUCGCACUCAUCAUCAUCAUUUAUUGCUGCUGCUGCCGGAAGAAGAACAAAGAGGACGAAUAUGCUCUAGGAGUUCGGGAAGAAGAAGGGCACUAUGACAAAGACUCGGUUAGAAAUGGCGAGAACCGUCGCCCUGAGAGGCCUGAAGAGGUGAGGAGUGAUGAUGAAUCCAGUGUACGUGGCCAUAGUGAACGCCAAGACCGCUAUGAGGACAGAAGCGAUCGUGACUACGACCGGCGCAAGGAUUACGAUGACCGACGCAGCGAUUAUGAUGAUCGCCGAAGCGACUACGACGAUCAUCGCAGUGAAUACUCCGACCGACAGUACAGCGAUCGCCGUGAGCGCUACGAUGACAACCGCCACUAUGAUGACGAUCGUCGUUAUAAUGAACGCCGAGACCGCCGCUAUGAUGACGACGACCGCCGCUAUGACGACGACCGCCGCUAUGACGAUGACCGCCGCUAUGAUGAUGACAACCGCCGCUAUGAUGACCCCAGUGACAACAGACCACCAAGAAGGGACUACGACGACUAGAGCCUCCCAUCCUCAGCACCUAUUUGACCUUUUAUUCUUUAUUCCAGUUACAGCCUGCACUCUCAAAAA